UACAGUUCAUCAAAAUAGCUCGGAAGUAGCCUGCAGGAUUCACGACGCAUGACGACGACAGUAACAGUACGUACAAUACAAGUGGACAUUCAUUAGCCAGAGGAUACACCCAAGUGCGCAUGCGCGUCAGUGCAAUCUGUGCACGCGGUCGCUGGGACGGAGCCGUAUUCGUGCGCGCGCGCGUAAACAAACACGGUGCGGCGGCGCUCCGAGCUCGUUGUGUGUGUGGAGGCGUAACGGCUUUUCCGAACGGGUACUGUAGCGCUCCUUUAAAAGAACAAUGAGGAAAACAAGGAGAGGGGAGAAGUAAUAUUUUUUUCGUAUUGUUGUCUGCUUUUCCUUUGUUUGUUAUUUAUUUGUUUUUUGUAUUGAGACAUGAUAAGGGAGCUGGUGUGCGGCGCUGUGGCUCUGUUACUGUACGUGAACACGCUCGACGCUGAUUUCUGCUACGAUGACAGCCGCGCUAUCAAAACCAACCCAGACCUCCUGCCAGAGACACCUUGGACCAACAUACUAUACGACGACUUCUGGGGCACUCUGCUCACUCACAGUGGCAGCCACAAGUCCUUCCGGCCACUCUGCACUCUCUCCUUCCGCCUCAACUAUGCUCUGGGUGGCCUGGAACCACGUGGCUACCACUUAUUCAAUGUGGGCCUGCACUGCUGCGUCACCGUCCUCUUCACUGCACUUUGUGGCCUCCUGCUAGCCGGAGGACCCUGGAGUCUGCUGGCUGGACUCCUCUUCGCCUCGCACCCGGUGCAUACGGAGGCCGUAGCAGGACUAGUAGGACGUGCAGAUAUGGGCGCUGCCCUGUGCUUUCUGCUUUCUCUGCUCUGCUACAGGUGCCACUGCAGGCUCCGGCCAAAUGCCGGAAAUUCAUGGUGCACGAGGUGGAGAGUGCAGGCAUGGCUGGCCGGUAGCCUGGUUGCUGCAGCAGCGGCCAUGUUUUGGAAAGAGCAGGGGGUGACCGUCCUGGCCGUGUCAGCUGUCUAUGACAUCUUUGUGGUCCACCGCAUGCACUUGCAUAAUGUUCUAGCAGUCCUUCUUAAGAGGAAAAAUGCACCUCUGCUGGUAAGCCUGGCUUGGUUGGCUGGCUGGGGUGCAGUUCUACUGGCAGCUCGACUGUACUGGAUGGGCUGCAAACCGCCACACUUCUCCAACUCAGACAAUCCGGCAGCUGAUUCAGCUCAACUCCUCACCAGAACACUUACCUUUCUCUACCUGCCGCCUGCCAAUGCCUGGCUCCUUCUUUGUCCACACACCCUUAGCUUUGAUUGGUCUAUGGAUGCCAUACCCUUACUUACAAACAUUUUUGAUUGUAGGAACUUGUGUUCACUGACAUUUUACUUAGGCUUUGUGGUGCUUGCUUGGUUCGGCUUAAGAAGCAACAAUUCUGCAACUUCCCAAACAACCAACGGAAAAUCCCAUGUGAUAAAUGGAAAAGCUCUGGCUAAUGGACACAGCAUGCAUUUUCCUGAUACCAGUGAUACACACGACAUCAUCUACCACCACAAUGGCUUAAACACAUCAGAUUUUGUUGCCAGCACCCAGAAUGGAUAUGCAGAACACCUUCAUGCAGCUACUCAAACAUCUCAUUCAUCUAAAGAGAACAUGGUGGUCUUCUCACUUGGUCUGCUCGCUCUGCCUUUUCUCCCUGCCACCAAUCUGUUUUUCUACGUGGGCUUUGUGAUGGCAGAGAGGGUUCUCUACAUUCCUAGCAUGGGCUUCUGUCUACUCGUGACACUUGGCAUAAGGGCCAUGUUUGUAAAAAUGAGGCGAAGAAGCACCAGAGCAAUGCUUUUUGCCUGUGCUGCUGGACUUGUGCUGCUUUACAGCCUCAGAACAGUGUGCAGGAACCAAGACUGGCAGAAUGAAGAGAUGCUCUACAGGUCCGGUAUAACUGUUAACCCUGCCAAAGCUUGGGGUAACCUUGGCAAUGUCUUAAAGAACCAGGGUAAGAUGACCGAAGCAGAGGAGGCAUACAGAAAUGCUCUAUACUACCGUGGCAACAUGGCUGACAUGCUCUACAACCUAGGUUUGUUGCUACAAGAAAGUGAACGUUUCUCUGAGGCUCUGCAUUAUUAUAAACUGGCUAUCCAAAGCAGACCGACUCUGGCAUCUGCUUAUUUGAACACUGGGAUUAUAAUGGAGUCUGAGGGAAACAUUGAGGAGGCCAAGCGCACAUUUCAGAAGUGUGCCAGCAUCCCAGAUGAAAACCUGAAGGACCCCCACGCUCACAGAAGUGCAGUCACUAGCUGCUUAUACAAUCUUGGAAAGCUGCUGCAUGAACAGGGUCAGCAAGAGGAAGCCCUGUCUGUUUAUAAAGAGGCUGUGAAGAAGAUGCCUCAUCAGUUUGCACCUCAGAGUCUUUACAAUAUGAUGGGUGAGGCCUAUAUGAAACUAAAUAAGCUUGAGGAUGCAAAGCACUGGUACAGAGAGUCACUUAAGGCCAAACCAGACCAUGUUCCUGCCCACCUGACGUAUGGCAAGUUGCUAUCUAUUAUGGGCCAUAAAAAUGAAGCAGAGCAUUACUUCCAGAAGGCAACAGAGUUGGAGCCCAUGAAGGGGACGUGUUAUAUGCACUAUGGUCAGUUUUUGGUGGAACAGUCCCGAUUAGGAGAAGCUGCUGUGAUGGCUGAGAGAGCUGCUGAACUUGACAGCACAGAUUUCGAUGUAGUUUUCAGUGCUGCUCAUAUACUCAGACAGGCGAGUCUAAACGAGGCAGCUGAAAGGUAUUAUGGGAAGGCUGCAGACAUAAGACCAGAUUAUGCUGCUGCUCUGAUGAACCUCGGAGCCAUCCUCCAUCUCAAUGGAAAGCUUGUGGAGGCAGAGGCCAACUACUUGCGUGCGCUGCAGCUCAAACCCGAUGAUCUAAUCACGCAGUCCAAUUUGCGCAAACUCUGGAACGUCAUGCAUAAAAGAGGCCUGAAGAUCACGGGGUCAUGACCGUACUUUAGCACAAGCUUUGUAAAACUGAUACAUCUUACAGUGAGGAUUUGAUGCUCCGAGCCUUCCGUGUUUAGUGAUCUGAUUCAGCAUCACAGCUCUGGUUAAGAGCAGAAGGAGCUUGCAUGGACUCCUGUGGGAGCACUGAUGAGGCACUGGGAACAACUUGGUCCAUGAUCAGAGAACAUCCUUGCCUUUAUGAAUGGGCAGAACGAGUGACUACCAUAAAGAAAAUCUACCAGAAUGAAAGAGAAAUUACUUGGAAGUGUCUUAUUUUAUAAAGCAAAUUGUAAAAAGUUAAUUUAU